AUGCAUGCUCCCUCAAGCCGCAAUGAUCUGCCACGCAGGGAAACGGAAAGAAACGAAAAAGAAAUCAAAAAAAAUCUCCUCAACCGUCGACGCAGUCCCAGCUCCCAGAAGAGCCAAACAUUCCCCAGGCGGAUAGCGCGGUCAGAGCCCUCCACGGUAGCGUCGGGAUCCGGUCUUUUACGCUGCGACAUCCGCCGCCCAAAAACAGAUAUGGAAAUCAUUGUUUUGGGAUAG